AUGGAAAAACUUAGAGAUUAUAUCCAUUUUGGGCGAAAUAGAGCCUCAUCUGAAUUGGAAAAGGAUGUCUCCGCUCAACAUGCAGAGGCCCAAGCCGGCCAGUUCGUGGAAACUCCAAUCCGAUGGGUGACAUUGCACUCAGUUAUCAUGGGGAUGUUCGUCUCCAUGGGUGGAUUUCUCUUUGGCUAUGAUACCGGCCAGAUUUCUGGAAUCCUGGCCAUGGAGGAUUUCUUGAAAAGGUUUGGUGAGAAAGACGCCACCGGGGAUGGCUAUCAUUUCAGCAACGUUAGGUCUGGUUUGAUCGUGGCAAUACUUUCUGUCGGUACUUUGAUGGGCGCGUUGAUUGCUGGACCCAUUGCAGACCGACUGGGGCGGAAGUGGUCAAUAUCUUCAUGGUGUAUUGUGCUCGCUGUCGGUAUCAUUGUCCAAGUGGCUUCAGAAGCACCAGACUGGUGGCAAGUUGUUAUUGGUCGUUGGAUCGCUGGUCUUGGAGUCGGUGCUCUCUCGCUCCUGGUACCUCUAUACCAGGGUGAGAGUGCCCCUAAGCACAUCAGGGGUGCUAUGAUCAGUACCUAUCAACUCUUUAUUACCUUAGGUAUAUUCGUCGCAAAUUGUAUCAACUACGGAACUGAGGGAAUUGACAACACUGGCUCGUGGAGAAUUCCGAUGGCGGUCACUUUCCUUUGGCUUCUCAUUCUAGGGUUUGGAAUGAUGUUCUUCCCCGAGUCCCCACGGUAUGCUUACCGCCAAGGCAAGAUCGCGGAAGCAAAGAGAACAAUGAUGAAGUUCUACGGAAUUCCUGAAAAUCAUAAAAGGCUACAUGAAGAAUUCGUCGAGAUCCAGCAAAAGUACGAAGAGGAUAUGGCUGCCAAAGAUGAAAGUUGGUGGCAAAUGUUCCGUGCGCCUAGAAUGAGAUAUAGGCUCCUGCUUGGCAUCAUCCUUCAAGCACUUCAACAGCUGACCGGUGCUAAUUACUUCUUCUACUAUGGCACCGUUAUCUUUAAAGGCGCUGGCGUCGAGAACAGCUAUGUAACUCAAAUGAUUCUCGGAGCUGUCAAUUUUGGCAGUACAUUUCUCGGUUUAUACAACAUUGAACACUUUGGCCGCCGCAAAUCCUUGAUCGUGGGUGCGGGAUGGAUGUUCAUUUGCUUCCUUAUCUUUGCAUCUGUUGGCCACUUCGCUCUGGAUUUGGAGCGCCCCGAGAGCACUCCCAAGGCAGGCACUGCCAUGGUUGUCUUCGCCUGUCUGUUCAUUCUUGGAUUCGCAAGUACAUGGGGCCCCAUGAUCUGGGCCAUCGUCGCAGAAUUAUACCCAUCUCGCUACCGUGCACGAUCAAUGGCUCUCGCCACCGCGUCUAACUGGCUCUGGAACUUCCUCAUCGGCUUCUUUACCCCCUUUAUCACCGAGAAGAUUGAUUUCAGAUACGGCUAUGUUUUCGCCGGAUGUCUGUUUCUCGCAGCGGCCACUGUGUAUUUCGGGGUUAUUGAAGGCUCGGGCCGCACCUUGGAAGAAUUGGAUACGAUGUAUAUUCUCAGGGUCAAACCAUGGCAGAGUGCCAAAUAUGAACUCCCGCCGGUUGAGGAGUUGCCUCUCGAAAAUAGAACGGCCGGCACUUCUCACGCCUCGUCUCAUGAAGAGGCUGAUCUGAACCGCCCAACGUCGGAACAGAAGAAUUAUGAUUAA